UUUCUGAGAAGACUGUGUCGUCUGAGGGUUUGUUUGAGUCGCCUUGGAAGACCUCUGGCUUUUGUCGAUAAUUCCUGGGUAUCUACCUGUUCUCAGAAGACUGAAACCAGAAAGACCAUCUCGGCUGAUGGUACACAUUCUCCAGACCAAAGAAAGUGGGAACAGGGUGAACAGUGAGGUAGCUACGUGACCAGCUUUCUCAUUCUCUCCUUUCUGGCAGAUACAAAUCACUGGGAUUCAAGCUAGUUUACUUUGCUCCGUGGGAACUGCACCAGAGCUAGAGAUAUGAUAGAAGACUGCCUGAAAGCUGCUUCCUUUGCCACUUCCUGUGGAGGCCUGUCUUUGCCAUUUGCGGUUUCUUUCUUUUGGUCAGCACUCUGCAAGGAAGUAGUAACAUAUCCAGUUGUGAAACUGGGAAAGGCCAGAGUUUUAGGAUCAGGAAAACAUGUCCCGUCGGAAACAGACAAAUCCAAAUAAAGUUCACUGGGAUCAAGUAUUUGCUGGGCUAGAAGAGCAAGCCCGCCAGGCGAUGAUGAAAACUGAUUUUCCUGGAGACCUUGGCAGUCAGCGACAAGCUAUCCAACAACUAAGAGAUCAGGACUCCAGUAGCAGUGACAGUGAGGGUGAUGAAGAGGAGACCACACAAGAUGAAGUCUCUUCCCACACAUCAGAGGAAGAUGGAGGGGUGGUCAAAGUGGAAAAAGAGUUAGAAAAUGUGGAGCAACCUGUUGGUGGGAAUGAAGUGGUAGAGCGUGAGGUCACGGGGAACUUGAAUUCUGACCCCCUGCUUGGACUCUGCCAGUGUCCUCUCUGCCAGCUAGACUGUGGGAGUCGGGAGCAGCUGAUUGCUCACGUGUACCAGCACACGGCAGCAGUGGUGAGCGCCAAGAGCUAUAUGUGUCCUGUCUGUGGCCGGGCCCUAAGUUCCCCAGGGUCUUUGGGUCGUCACCUCCUAAUCCACUCGGAGGACCAGAGGUCUAACUGUGCUGUGUGUGGAGCCCGUUUUACCAGCCAUGCCACAUUUAACAGCGAGAAACUCCCUGAAGUACUUAAUAUGGAAUCGCUACCCCCAGCCCAUAGUGAGGGCCCCUCCAGCGCUGAGGGGAAGGACAUUGCCUUCAGUCCUCCAGUGUACCCUGCUGGAAUUCUGCUUGUGUGCAACAAUUGUGCUGCCUACCGUAAGCUACUGGAAGCACAGACCCCCAGUGUUCGCAAGUGGGCCCUGCGUCGACAGAACGAGCCUCUGGAAGUACGGCUGCAGCGGCUGGAACGAGAGCGCACGGCCAAGAAAAGCCGGCGGGACAAUGAGACGCCGGAGGAGCGGGAAGUAAGGCGCAUGAGGGACCGUGAAGCCAAGCGCCUGCAGCGCAUGCAGGAGACUGAUGAGCAGCGGGCACGCAGGCUGCAGCGGGAUCGGGAGGCCAUGAGGCUGAAGCGGGCCAAUGAAACCCCAGAGAAGAGGCAGGCCCGGCUCAUCCGGGAGCGGGAAGCCAAGCGGCUGAAGAGGAGGCUGGAGAAAAUGGACAUGAUGUUGCGAGCUCAGUUUGGCCAGGACCCUUCUGCCAUGGCAGCCUUAGCAGCCGAAAUGAACUUCUUCCAGCUACCUGUGAGUGGGGUGGAGUUGGACAGCCAGCUCCUGGGCAAGAUGGCCUUUGAAGAGCAAAACAGCAGCUCUCUGCACUGAACCCCGCCUGCCCUCCCACUCACCCAGGUCCCAGGGAUCAGUGCAGUAGCCAGUCACAGGGCCCUGUCCUAAAUGCCAGAGGCAGGCCCGGGUUGGCUGCAAGUGGACCUGCAUACCUUUGCAUGUGGGAAGAGGAUGCUGGGGUCAGCUGGAAGCCUGCUUAAUGCGGCUCCGGACAGGGGAGUAGGCACUCCCGAGAACUGUACUCCCCAGCCCACUGCUGCAGGGCAUGUUUUUAGGACUGUGAGGCCCCGUGUGGCCCACGGAAUUGUGAGGGCAAAUAAAUUAAUUUUAUCUUUACUGAC